AAAAUUGUAAGGGCAUUUGGUUCGACUAAAUCGUCGAGUCCCGAACGCGAGCACGCAGCCUCCUCAGUCGGCAGCACUAAGUCCUCCCUGUAGCUCGAGCCGCCGCUCCACCGCCAUUCUGCAGCACUCCUCCACCCAGCGCCGCCCUCUGUUAUUAGGGCUUUUGCAAUACUUUGUUCCCAAUUUGUUCCAACAAAUAGCAAAAAAUGCAGAAGAAUAAGGGAAGACAAAGAGGAGGUGGACCAUUUACGAGACGAACCGAUAACAAGGAGGAAAACACAGACACCCACUUCCAAAAAAUGGACUUGAGGAACAUUGCUAAAGAGAUUGAGCUUUUGGGUACAUCUAAUAUGACAUGGAAGGAGAGGAAGGAGUUGGAAAAUAGGAAGGUGGUUUCUCUAGGCGGAAAGCCUCAAAAGAACCGGCGACUACCUCUAAGUGUAGCAAAACUGGUCAUGAAGAAUCAAAAGAAAAGGGAGCAAAAACUGCAAGAACAGAACAUGGUCCUUGGACGUUUUGGUGGGAAUUCGAGUGGCAGUUCUAAGAGAUCCACGGAGAGGAAGAGGCCCGAGAACAGGGGUUUGAAAGCAAGUGAAGGACACUUUAAAAAUGGUGUACUUGAUGUGAAGCAUUUGCUACGUCCUACUUCAUCCACAUAUGCUGGUCCGAGUAUGCUCAGAGGGAAAACUAAGGGGAAGCGAAAGAACAACACAGGUAAGAAGAUCGGUGGUAUGGACUAGCAUAAUGACGGAAAAUCGUUUUAAACAAGAGUAGAAAGAUUUUGCUUGUGUUGGUUGUGCUCCUAUCGGCUUUGGAACUCGAACAAUACUAGUGUGAUCCCAUGUAUCUUGGCAGCCACUAGCAUUUAGCGACAACUCUUUUUUCGGUUUUGUUAUUUACUUCUUUUUAGUUCGAAAUCUGUACCUCUCUUUACUGGACCGGAUAAAAACGUACACACUAUGCAAUUUUUAUCUAACAGAUGCAGUUUCCGUUUUCAUGA